AAUUCCAACGGCAAUCCACAGAGACGCACCCAAAACCAAACCAUAACCGAGGUCGACGCUUCGCGAGUGCGCAUCCUAAGACCCACGUCUUUUUUGUUGUCGUGGCCUCAACGCAACAUCAUUAUCACUGUCACUAUAAAAACCCUACUUGGCUCUUUUCUUCACUUGUUCACUUUCUUCCAACCUCUAACCUACCUCUUUUUCUUCUCUCUCAACAACUUCACCUUCUUCCUCCUCGAUCAUGUCUCACUUCAAGGGCAAGUACCAUGAUGAGCUUAUUGCCAAUGCUGCGUACAUUGGCACUCCUGGAAAGGGUAUUCUUGCUGCUGAUGAGUCAACAGGGACAAUUGGCAAGCGUUUGGCCAGCAUCAGUGUAGAGAACAUUGAAUCCAACAGGCGAGCUCUUAGGGAGCUGCUUUUCACUGCUCCUGGUGUUCUUCAAUAUCUCAGUGGUGUCAUCCUCUUUGAGGAAACCCUCUACCAGAGCACAGCUGCAGGCAAGCCCUUUGUGAAUGUCUUGAAGGAAGCUGGUGUGCUUCCUGGCAUCAAGGUUGACAAGGGCACAGUCGAGCUUGCUGGAACUAAUGGAGAAACCACCACUCAGGGUCUAGAUGGCCUUGGUCAGCGUUGUGCCAAGUACUACGAAGCUGGUGCACGUUUUGCCAAAUGGCGUGCAGUGCUGAAGAUUGGUCCCAACGAGCCAUCUGAGCUGUCUAUCCAUGAGAACGCCUAUGGCUUGGCUAGAUACGCUGUCAUAUGCCAGGAGAAUGGCCUGGUUCCCAUUGUUGAGCCUGAGAUCCUUGUUGAUGGACCUCAUGACAUUCACAAGUGUGCCGCCGUCACCGAGCGUGUCCUUGCAGCAUGCUACAAGGCUUUGAAUGAUCACCAUGUCCUUCUUGAGGGUACCCUAUUGAAGCCAAACAUGGUCACCCCUGGAUCCCAAUCUGCUAAGGUUUCCCCUCAGGUGGUUGCCGAGCACACUGUCAGAGCCCUUCAGAGAACCGUGCCUGCUGCAGUUCCUGCUGUCGUUUUCUUGUCUGGUGGCCAGAGUGAGGAGGAGGCAUCCGUCAACCUCAACGCCAUUAACCAGGUCAAUGGGAAGAAGCCAUGGUCACUCUCUUUCUCCUUUGGAAGGGCACUUCAACAGAGCACCCUUAAGGCAUGGGGCGGAAAAGAAGAGAAUGUGAAGAAGGCUCAGGAAGCCCUUUUGGUAAGAGCCAAGGCUAACUCAGAGGCAACUCUGGGAACCUACAAGGGUAACUCACAGCUUGCUGAUGGUGCCUCAGAGAGCCUCCAUGUUUCGAACUACAGCUACUGAUCAAUCGAAGUUGGUGUUGUUUGAAGAGACUAGUGCGAGUAGGAAUCGGUAUUAUGGGUACAACAACCGAAUUUCUUGUUGAUAAGUAUUAUUGUGGUUUGACUCUUCCCAGAAUAAUCGUUUGGAAUUUUGCUUUUUGUUUUCCUAGUGUUCCUUUUAUGUCAAUUUUAGUAAUUCAGUGUAUUUGGUCAAACCUGUGCAACAGGGAAGGGAAUGUAACUUUGUUUUCUUGAAAGACACCACCGUGCUGUGAAUGAGGCUUUGUGUUUAUUUUUGCGAUUA